CUUGCUCAACUGCAAGGUAAAGACAGGGAAGAGAGAAAAAAAAAAGGAACACACCUUUAAACAGGCCUAGCUUGAGAAAAGAAAACAACAGAGUGUGGCGAUGUGAGAUUCUACAAGCAGAUAAAAUGGAGAUAAAGUGAAGGGGAUUCUGAUUAGUGCAUGAAGUAUUUGUGUUUGGGACAGGCUGAAGAAGGAUAUUCAGGAAGGAACAAUGUCUGCAAACUGUGGCCUGUAUCUAAGAGUCUCAGAAAUGCUGCUGAUAGGAUUACUAUUCACUUGGCUUAUUCCCCAAAACACAGAAGCUGUUGAUAUCUCCCUGGGGCCCAAAGACAACAUUACUAUCAUUGUUAAGCAGAAUGCCAAGAGCCCAUCGUCUUCCUGUUUUAUGUGUGUAAAAAAUGACUGCAAACGGACUACACUAACAGUAACCGAUGGUAUGAGCGUUAGCUACAGCUUCACCUGCCCUACUCCUGAGAAAUACUACAUCAUGGAAAUUCAGAAGAGAAUUGAUUGUAUUUCAGGCACAUGCCCCUUUGGAAAAGUAAACCUGCAACCAUCAAGCUUCCCGGGCCUGAAUAGAACAUUCUCUUGGAAUAUAACAACUACCAAGAACAUUGGCCUUGAGCUAAGCUUUUCCUCUCCAGGGUUGAAACAGAUUGAAUCAUCCUACAAUUGCCCAGAUCUAGUAACGUUCCAUAUAAGCACUUCUGUGGACACCUCUUCUGUCAGCAUUGGUAUAUUCUGUAGGAACGGAACAGUAUCGCGUAUUAAAGUCCAAGGAGGAGGUGUUGUGGCACUACAUGUACCCUGGAAUGAAAACGUAACAGAGUCUGGAUUGAGCAUUGCAAACCGAACUGCUAUUAAACGGUUGUGUAUUAUCGAAUCCACAUUUUCAAGAGAGACAUCUGUAAUUCUGUCAUCGGCUAACUACCCCUUAGGAUUUCCAGAUGAUGAAAUCAUGACUUGGCAGUUUGUCAUGCCCCCCAAUCACAGAGCUAGCAUCAAGUUUCUGAAUUACAGUUUACCCAAUUGUGUGAAGAAGGACGAACGGGUGGAGUAUUAUCUGCCAUUUUUCUACAGCAGUGCAGAAGUUCUUAAAUUGACAGACAGGCAGCCAGCCAAUAUAGCCAACGAUUUCAAUAUGACCCUGGCAAACUGUGCCUUGGAUAAUACAAAUCCUGGGGCUCUAUCCUUACUCUUUGAAGUCGUUGUUCAACCAAUCACAUCUCUAGAAAGUAUACUUUACAAUGUUGACCUAACGAAGAACUUUGAUUUUAAUGUACACAUAAGAAAAAAGCGUGUAGUAGGUCGUCAAUAUGCCCCAUUAUGUCUGGUCUGCAGAACACCUAUUGAAUGUGAACCCGAGUUAAGCUUGCCUGGAGGAAAAUUCUACAAAAUUUCCUUUCUCUGCAAUGACAUGGAAAGCUUUAUUGUAACAGCAGAAAAAGAUAUAGCUUGUGAACAUCUAAGAACCAGUCAAAUAAAAAAUAUUUCUAUAACUGUACCACCAACACUGCUUAUUCUUCCCGUACGCCUUGAAACAGUCACCUGGAAUAUAAUAGCAGCAAAUAAUAUCAGUGCAGAGAUACGUUCCACAUCACUGAACCUGCAACAAGAUGUCUCAGAAAACCCAUGUGAUACAAAUGGAUCUGGUUUUUAUUAUGACAUAAUCAGCUCCAAUGCAAAGAACACAUUUAGUCUUGGAACCUUUUGUCCAAAUGGUUCAAUUGAAAUAAUACAGCUGAGAGAUAAUGUAAAAAUUGUCCUCAAAGUGCAGAAGAAUGUAAACUUCAGUAUUCCAAAACUCGAUCUACAUGUGUCUAUUAUACCACCAAUUGAAGAGGAGUGCAUCUUCACUGUAACUCCAAAAGCUGACACCACCGUCUAUCUGCGGACUCCUAACUGGGACAGCGGAGUACCAGAUUACGUCACCGUGUCAUGGAACAUAGGAAUACCUGAGAAACAGUUUGCUAAUUUCUCUUUUGCAAAAAACAAAAUGGACAUUACAUGUCAAAUGGGACGUGCUUUCGCUAAUAUAGAGGAGAAGAAAGCCAAAGGGCUGGACAUUACAAGACGAGAUGACGAGCUGCUGCCUGGCCCCUCACAACUGUACAGUCCAUUCUGGGUCAAUAUCUCUAACUGUAAACCUAGGAGUAACCACAAGCUUCAAUUACAAUUCUCUCUGAAGUUUAUUCAAGUUAAUUCAGAUCUUACAAUUAUUGUGGUUGCUGCAUGUGUGGCAGCAGUCAGUAUUGUUUUGAUUAUUGGAGUCACCAUUUGCUGUGUUAAGAAAAAGAAAAAAGAAAAACAUCCUGCAGUGGGAAUAUAUAAUACCAAGGUUCCUACAGAAAUGACAAGUCGCCAUGGCUUCUUUAGAAAGGGAAGGAAGAAAAAUGAGUCCCAUGUUUAUGCUGUAAUAGAUGAUACGAUGAUCUAUGGCCACUUGUUGAAAGACAAUAAUGGCUGCCCCAGCCCAAAUGUUGAUGUGUACCAACCAUUCGAAGGACCCAUGGGUGAUGCACCUCCUGUCCCCCCAAUUAAUUUUCCCAAUGGAAGUACCAAAGAUGAAACCAGGGAAGACCCUCUGGCCUUAUCAAUGAGAGAAAAUGAACUUUAUACAAUCAAUGAGCCUAUUACAAAGGAGCCUGUGGAAAACGAAGAUACUAGUUUAAGUUUUGUUGAUGAACCUGGAAAUAAAACUGUGCCAGCAACUUGACAUUUUGAAGAAAAAAAUAUGAUAUUUAUUUCAUAACUAUAAAACUGACCUUAUGGGAAAAUGGCAGACCCCACAUGCCAAGAGUGCCUACCUUACCAUCAUGUAUGUGUUAUGGAGUGCUUACCUUACCAUCAUUUGUGGGUUAUGGAGUGCCUACCUUACCAUCAUAUGUAUGGGUUAUGGAGUGUCUACCUUACCAUCAUAUGUGUGGGUUAUGGAGUGCCUACCUUACCAUCAUAUGUGGGUUAUGGAGUGCCUACCUUACCUUAUAUGUGGGUUAUGGAGUGUCUAACUUACCAUCAUAUGUGGGUUAUGGAGUGUCUACCUUACCAUCAUAUGUGUGGUUUAUGGAGUGCCUACCUUACAUCAUAUGUGGGUUAUGGAGUGCCUACCUUACCUUAUAUGGGGGUUAUGGAGUGUCUAACUUACCAUCAUAUGUGGAUUAUGGAGUGUCUACCUUACCAUCAUGUGUUGGUUAAAUGCCAACAAAUAACAAAUGGAAAUUUAACUCUUGAUGAUCUUGCCAGCGUGAAGUUUUUUUUAAGGAAGUUUAGAAAAUAGACUGGUUUUACCCAGAUUAAUUGUUAUUUUAUUGUAUGAACGCAAACUUCAUUACUUUGAGUUAAGUUUUCAUCUCCAAAUGCCUGGCAUGGGAUUAAAUAUAAUGCAUAAACCUGAAGAUCCUAUUCUUGUCUUUGGGGGUGUACAGAUAUUUUUUUUAAAACUGAAAAUAAUGCUUUCUUACUGGUAACUGACUGAACGACUUCUUAAAUAUAUUGUGAUGCUUAUUUUUCUUUUGCACUUUGUGAUACAGUUCCACAAUCCAAUACUAAUUAUGUAUAAAAAUCUAAGCACUACUCCAAGUCUAGUGCUGGACCCAAGUUAUGUUUAUAUGGUUUACUUUUCCUUGAAAAUAGAAAUGAUCUCAAGGCUGUGUACUGUGUGUUAUGUUAGAAAAGUGUGAGAAAAUAAAAAAUGCUGUGAUAUACCGGUAA